AUGGCGUCUAUCAGAUCCCUGGCUUUCCAAUCCCUAGCGCGGACCCGGACUCCCUUCAUCCGGUCUCAACAGCGCCGGUGGGCUCAAGUCCAUGAUGUUCGCUUCCUUGCGACCCAUCGCGACCCCAGCCAGGUCUUGGAGAAAUACCGAUCGAAGCUCGACCAGAAGGCGCAACAGGAGGGCUUCCAAUCUGUCGAAUCCCUAAAGGAAGCCCAUCAAGAAAAGAUUGAUAAGCUCCGCCGCGAAGCAUCAACAAUCCUGACCCCCGAACCUCCAACGCCCUCCGCAACUCCUCAACCCCCUCCUCCUCCACCGUCUGCUCAAACCACUGCUCAAUCCCAAGUCGCAGCCGCCUCAAAGUCAACCGGUAUCAAAGCCCUGAGCUCCUACCUCGACGUCGAGAAAGUCCGCGCUCUCCCUCCCAAAGAGAUUGAAGCUCUCUGGCGCAUCCGCCACGCCUCAAACCCCAAUUCCAUUUGCGCUGUUGUCCCGUUGGAAACUUACGAGCGCAUUAUGACUGCGGCCCGUCAGAACCCGCAGUUCAUCCUCCCACUGCCACGCACCACCGAGACCCCCCAAGCACCCGAAGCGAACGCCACGGCAUCCGAUGAGAAGAACGGCGCAGAUAUUCAUUUCUUGCAGUGGGCCUUCCACCCGCCUGCGUCGACACCCUCAGCGGUCAACUCGCAUACAUCUACUGUAAUCUUUACUCCACUGGCUGCGUACAAACUGCACGGUUCUUUUGCCCAGCCGCAUACGACAAUCACGCACCAUCUAGACCUCGCGGAUGACAAAGGGUUGGUUCUUAUGCAUGGCCAGGUGAUGCCUGAUUCUGGAGUGUCGACUUCUGAAGCUACGUGGUUGGUUAGCUGUGUGCAGCGGUUUUACGAUUUCGGUGGGCAGGCGAGCGGCCGGAAGGGCGAGCUGCUGCGCAUGUUUACCCAGGGUGACGUCCAGAACUUCAAGAUUGAAGAACUGAUGGCCGAGGCGGAGAAGUUGUAA